GCUAAGGCAUUGGAUGUCUUUUGUCUCGAGAGCAGAGAACGAGAAAUAUAGACGCCGACGUGAAAUCAUACAGAUUUUUCCCCCUGCUGCUAACUGUAAAAAGUCGCAUAUUUAUAACCCAGUAAAAUAAGUUAUAUUUUCGGUUCCUUUCGAAUCGCUUUUUUGUAAAGCUCUGUUGAAGUUGACACGGAACCCGCUGGUUCCACUGAUCCCUCCCAGCCGAGUAUGAGCCAGCCUACAGAACCCCCUAACGGUGCUCCCACUGUUACAGCAGAGGCCCCCCAGGCAGAGGUCAAGCUGGCGGCGACCGCAGGGAAAAAGCAGAACAAGAAGAAGGUGGAGGAGGUGGUGGAGGAAGAGGAGGAGGAGUAUGUGGUGGAGAAGGUGCUGGACCGGAGGGUGGUGAAGGGCAGGGUGGAGUACCUGCUCAAGUGGAAGGGCUUCUCCGAUGAGGACAACACUUGGGAGCCCGAGGACAACCUGGACUGCCCUGACCUGAUCGCAGAGUUCCUGCAGUCCCAGAAGACGGCCCACGAGGUGGACAAGAAAGAGACGGGGGGCAAGAGGAAGACCACCGAGUCAGACACAGAGGGCGUGGGGGAGGAGAGCCGCCCCAAGAAGAGGAAAGAUGAGCCAGAGAAACCCAGGGGUUUCGCUCGAGGGCUGGACCCAGAACGCAUCAUCGGAGCCACAGACUCCAGCGGAGAGCUCAUGUUCCUCAUGAAAUGGAAGAACUCAGAUGAGGCGGACCUGGUGCCGGCCAAAGAGGCCAACGUGAAGUGUCCGCAGGUGGUCAUCUCCUUCUACGAGGAGAGGCUGACGUGGCACUCCUACCCCACCGAGGAAGAGGAGAAGAAGGAGGACAAGAACUAACCAAGAGAC